AUGAAGUCUUUGAGUAGUGUAGGAAUUGGGUUAAGUGUGGUAUUCAGUUGCCUUUUCUUGGCUCUCAUAGCUGAGCUUUACUACUUGUUUUGGUGGAAGAAAAGGCUGAUCACCAACAGAUCAGAGAUAGAAAACCAUGACUAUAUAAGCCCAGCAAAAGAGCUCUUCUACAUGUUUUGUUGGAGAAAACACUCAGCUUUUAGCCACUCAGCUCUCAACCCUCAAGAAAUCUGCUCCUCAAGUACAAGAAUUCCCAUAAACGACAACAACAAUACACUUCUCCAAGAGCCAAACGACGAUUUUCUCUUCAAACCCUUUGAAGAGGAUGGUCCAGAGACACAGUUCAUGACACUGCAAAACUGCUCAGGCCCUCCUAGAUUCCUCUUCACAAUCGUAGAGGAGACCAAAGAAGACUUGGAAUCUGAAGAUGGCAAGUCUCAUAAUAACAAGAGCAAAAAAGGGUCAAGAAGUAGGAGUUUGAGUGAUUUGCUUGUCACUUUGGAGACUCCAUAUUUGACCCCUUUAGCCUCUCCACCAUUCUUCACUCCUCCUCUAACACCUGGGGGAUCGUACGGACAUCAAGGUAUCAACUUUCUGUUUCAGUCAACAGCAGAGGAAGAGUUCAAUAGGAUUAUUAGAUCGUCUUCGUCAUUGUCGUCGUCACCUCCUCCUAAGUUCAAGUUCUUGCAAGAGGCAGAGGAGAAGCUUAUUAAGAAGAGGUUGAUGGAAAAGGCCGAGACUGAAACUGGUCUUGUGAAGAUUGUUGAUGGGAAUAUUAUUAGUGACAAAAAAUGGAAGGAAAAUGAAGGUGGUACUACUCCUACUACUACUACUAUUUCAAGCAUACUUAAAGAGAAUGAGGAAGAUGAGUCUUUUAUCACAAUCACUGUUGAUAAGAACAAAGCAAGGGAGAUUAUUUCCUCACAGGUACUUCCUCUUGCUUCUUCACCUUCAACCUUCAGAUCAGCACCAAUUAAUAAGAAGCUCAAUCCACAUUAG